GAAACCCUAAUAAAUACUAUUAUGCUUAUGAAAAAAGAACUAAAUAAUAAAAAGCAAUUUGUUUUCCCACCAGAGGAAGAAAUGCAAAAAGUAAUUAAAAGAAUGACCCAACCAGGUUAUCGGCGAAUAAAUAAAGGUCUAUUCCCUAAUGCUAGCGAACAAGACAAAAUUAAGCACAAUCUUUGCCAAAGUAUUGGUGAUUACUGCGAUGACAAUCAACUUUCUGAACAGAAAUUAGCCCAAAAACUAGGCAUUAAUCAAGAAAAAUUGGAAUACAUCCUCUUUUGUCAUAUCAAUAAACUUACGGUAGAGGAAUUAAUUAACUACAUUGACAAACUAACCGGACAUUUAGAAAUAAAAGUCAAUUAUGAGCGUCCAAAAGCCUCCGCAAGAGCCAGUUAA